CAACGAGAUCCGGUUAGGAGAAAGUACUUGUCCCUUUAUAUUGUAGCAUUGUAUAACUUUAGUCUUGUGAAGAAACGUUUGCAUCCCUUCUCUGCGUUCAGCGUUCGUCGUCACCAAGUGUCUGCAAUGUCUUGUUCUGCCAGGUUAAAAACCAAUUUGGGGAUGACUUCUGCUCUGAGUACUCAUGAGGUUCUUAACAGUAAUGAUACUAUGUGUGAGAUUCUUAUCCUGCUUCCACCAGAAACGAUAUACAAGCUGAUUUUGGUGUCCAAGAGAUGGCUUGAGAUUAUAGCCAGCCCUUGCUUCCGUCACACUUACUUAGCCAAGUGGAAACCUAAUUUUGAACUCAUUGGCUUCUUCGUCUGCAGCUCAAUGUACCUUGGAAGACGCAUAGAUGGAACUCGUCGCCCUCGCGCUGAGCCAUCUCUUCCUUUGCUCUCAACCAGCAGUAUUGGUGAUGAAAUUGAAUCCUCUGGUAUUCUGAAAAAGCUUGGAUACUACAUCGACUCUGCAGAUGGUCUUCUACUCUGCGGCCGCCAUCCAAAAGCUUACUACUUGUGGGAUCCGAGUACACAGAAGCAGCAGCAACUUCCACGUCCCAGAGUUCAUUUCGAAGAACUUUGUAUGUCUUUGAUUUCUGAGGAUAGUCCUGAUCAAGGGUUUAGCUACAAGGUGGUCCGGGCAGAGUGUGUAGCCUUUCCUGUUAACAGUACAAAGGUGAAGGUAGAGACUUUUUCCUCAAAAACUUCUACGUGGAGCUACUCAGAGCUUAUUUGUCUCGAGCCUCUAUCUCUCAGCCCGUGGACUCCAGGGAGAGUGAUUAAAGGCGUUGUUUAUUGGCAUGCUAGAGGAGGUAAAAUUGCCAUAUAUGACUCAAACAGUGAGGAGAAACGGAUUGAUGUGAUAAAGCUUCCGAAAACAUAUGACUAUGAUGAACAGGUUCUGGGAGAAACCGAUGAUGGGUCUUUACAAUACGGAUGGAGCAAUAAGUCGGUAAUGGAGGUAUGGAAGCUUGAAAAGGUAGGCAAUGUGCUUGAAUGGAACCUGCUGUUUAAGGUGAAUUUCAAGGCGAUGUGGAAAAUGAACCAAGCGGUAGCUACAAGAUUCAGCACUUGGACUAAAGAAACGCAGCUGCUUGCGCUCUUCAAUCAGAAGUCGGACUUGGUGUACAUCAGAUGUGAUACACAAAUCUUCAUCUAUCACACAGAGACUAAAAGGGUCGAAGUAGUUCAGUACCAAGGACGAAAAUCGACACUCGUUUGGGAUUUCAACAAAGUGGUGCCUUACUUUCGACGUACCUGGCCUUGUUCUCCUCUGUUUGAAAACAAUGCCAUGAUGAUCGACACUCCUCAAUGCAACGCCUCUUCCGCAGGAAGUAACUAAGUAGUUUAUGCUUUUAAUCAGUUUAUGUAUGUAGGCUAUUCAACUAUCUUUUAUGUUUUGAUGCUGAAGGUUUUUGGUUUUGGCCAUUGAUGAACCUCUCAUGGUUUUGAUGUAUUCUCUCAUGGGUGUCAUUAAAGACUCUGCCUUUUUGCAUUUGCGUUUUGGAUCUGCGUUUUGUGGUUGACUCCGUUUGUAGCUAAUUUAUGAUAAUUUAC